UGUCAAAUUUCCUUACUUUCAUCUCGUUUUUUCGUACUUUGUUUAUAUAAAAGACAGAUCUUGCUGCCUUUGUCUAUCCACAGUAAAAUUCGAAUUUCAGUUCAGUGAUAUCUGUCUAACCUCAACUUCUUUCACACGCCUCUGCGAACAAAAAGUUCAUUUUGUAAUUUGCCCAAGUAACGUGACCGAAAUAAUUGAAAAAUAAAAUGUUUGGCGGACAACCCAUUAUUGUUUUGAGCCAGAACACAAAGCGUGAAUCCGGACGCAAAGUGCAGCUGGAAAACAUUGCGGCCGGAAAGGCAAUCGCUGACGUUAUUCGAACAUGUCUCGGACCGCAAGCGAUGUUGAAAAUGUUGAUGGAUCCAAUGGGUGGUAUUGUGAUGACUAAUGACGGCAACGCAAUUUUACGUGAAAUAACCGUUCAACAUCCAGCGGCUAAAAGCAUGAUUGAAAUCGCCCGCACACAAGACGAAGAGGUUGGCGAUGGAACAACGUCGGUUAUUGUAUUGGCCGGUGAAAUGUUGGCUGUGGCAGAACCAUUUUUGUCCCAACAAAUUCAUCCCACUGUCAUCAUUCGAACGUUCCGGAAGGCAUUGGAAGAUAUCGUUGAAUUGCUUGACACGAAAUUGUGUAUUCAAUUGGAUCCGUUGGACGAGACCCGUUUGAAGGAAGUCGUUAAGUCUUGUGUCGGAACUAAAUUCAUUGGCCGCUGGUCGGAAUUGGCUGUUGAAAUAGCCUUGGAUGCCGUUAAAACGGUUAGGUUGACGGAAAAUGGUCGAACGGAAGUGGACAUCAAACGUUAUGCCAAAGUUGAAAUGGUUCCCGGUGGAUCGAUUGAAGAUUCGUGUGUGUUGAAAGGUGUCAUGAUCAACAAGGACAUUACACACCCUAAAAUGCGUCGUACGAUCAAAAAUCCACGAAUUGUCUUGUUGGACUGUUCGUUGGAAUAUAAAAAGGGCGAAAGCCAAACGAAUGUUGAAAUCAUUGCCGAACAGGACUUCACCCGAAUGUUACAGAUCGAAGAGGAGCAUGUGGCUAGAAUAUGCGCUGACAUCAUUGCUGUGAAACCAGAUUUAGUGUUCACUGAGAAAGGUGUGUCUGACUUAGCUCAGCAUUACCUGAUUAAGGCUGGAAUCACCGCCAUUCGUCGAUUAAGGAAGACCGACAAUCUUCGUAUUGCUCGCGCUUGCGGUGCUACCAUUGUAAAUCGUACGGAAGAGUUAACAGAAAAGGAUGUUGGUACCGGUUGCGGAUUGUUCGAGGUGAGGAAAUUGGGAGACGAGUACUUCACAUUUAUUACCGAUUGCAAAGAUCCGAAGGCUUGCACAAUUCUUCUACGUGGUGCGUCCAAAGAUGUUCUCAAGGAAACCGAUCGUAAUCUUCAAGAUGCUCUUCAUGUUGCAAAGAAUUUGGUAUUGGAACCAAGACUUGUACCAGGCGGCGGUGCUAUUGAAAUGGCUCUGUCACGUGCUUUGAUCCAAAAAGAUCCACAAAAUCGUGCCGUUGCCCAGGCAUUGGAGAUAAUUCCACGAACUUUGGCCCAGAAUUGUGGUGCAAAUACCAUUCGCACGCUGACUGCAUUGAGAGCCGAACAUGCUUCACAUAACAAACCGGAUGUUUGUACAUGGGGAAUCGAUGGCGAGACCGGUCAAUUGGUCGACAUGAAAGAACGCGGCAUUUGGGAACCGUUGUCGGUGAAAUUGCAAGUUUACAAGACAGCUGUUGAGACGGCAAUUCUUCUGUUGCGUAUCGACGAUAUUGUGUCGGGUUCGAAGAAACGUGGUGGAAAUGAAGGUCCUACACCUAGUCAGAUGGCUGCUGGUGCAGAAUAAUUUUAAAAUAUUUCUUUCGCAUUUUCUAACUUUUUGUUGUAGAAACUCACACCAGUCACAUCAGCUAAUGUAUGCUUUCUCAUGUAUUAACCAUUUUUAAAAUAAAAAUAAAAAUCAAUUUCGAUUUUUGGUA